GAGUAAAAAGAAUUGAUAACCGGAAAGAUUUGGUCAGGUAUCCGAAAUUAGCCGAAAUUGUUCGCACCAUUAAAGCCAUUUGUCGCCAUUACGAAAUGCCAAUGCCCGAAGUCGGAAUUUAUCCUUCCCGGGAAAUUAAUGCCUUUGCUACUGGUCGCCCAAGAGAUAGUUUAAUUGCCAUUUCUACUGGUUUAAUCAAAAAUUUUACUGACGAGGAAAUUAAAGGAGUUUUAGCCCACGAAAUUUCUCAUUUAAUGCACAAAGAUUUAAGAUUUAUUUUGUUGGUUCAAGGCUUUUGUGAUUUAGUAGUUAUUGCUUUAAGCACGCUUGCUUUUGCCCUUGCAGCUGCUCCGCGUAAAGACGAAGAGGAAACCACUAUGAUUGUUUGUUUAACUAUCCGUAAAAGAGAACUGAAAGCUGACCGGAAAGGAGCGGAAAUUAUUGGCACUGACCGAAUGAUUGCCACUUUACAGAAAUUACUGGCUUUGGAAAAAAAAGAAGAAUCCUUGGAUGACUUUCUACCCGAGGAAAAAACCGAAGAAGACGAUUUGGAAUUUGAGGAAUUCAAAAAACAAUCCAAUGAUUACCAAAAAGAGCCUAAUUCUAUUUCUCUUUUAAAAAUUAGCACCGGCCAGAAAAAGAAAGAAGUUAAAGAAAUCAAGGAAGAAAUUCACAAAUUUAAGCCUGACAAAGACUAUUCUUAUACUGCUAAAACUACGAAAGGUGAUGAAGAACUAGAAGAACACGAAAGAAAAAUGGCUAAACAUGCUCGAAUAAUGAAAGAGCAUGAAAAAAAGGUGAGAGAACAUGAAAAAAUUAUUAAAAAACUUAAUAAAUUUGGCAAAAAAACCGUGUUAGAGGAAAACAAAGUUAGCAAAAACCCAACCGAAUAUGAAAAAACCUGUCCUAAUUGUCUAAAUAAAAAUGAUUACAAAGUUCAACCAGAUAGAAUUCAAUUGCCUUGCGGACAAGCAAAACCAGAAAAGAAAAUUGCUUCCUUGGGGAAAAUAAUGGGCACUUUUUGCCGAGAAUUUAACGAAAAAACGAAAGGGGCGGAGAGCGGAAAAAUAGUUAAUGUGAAAAUUAAAGUUUUUGCUGACGGAACUUAUGAAUUCGAGGUUAAAGGCAAAAUAACUUCUGACUUAAUUAAAAAGGUCGCCGGGGAGAAAAAAAUAAUUAGCCAAGCAGAAUUAAAAAAAAUCGCCGAAAUGCAAUUACCUUACUUAAAUACAGAAGAUUUAGCAAAAGCCCAAAAAACCAUUGCGGGAACAGCCAAGAGUGCUGUAAAUUUCACCCUUGCUAAAUCACAAAAGAGAGAAAGGGACGAAAAAAAUGAUUAUAUGAAUAUCUACCAAAAAAUUUUUGCUAUUCAGCAAGACCCCAAAAUGGCCAAACUAGUAAGGACUGAAUUGAAUAAAUUUCAAAACUACCGCUAUUUCACUGAAUCACAAAUACUAGCUAAAUUAAGACCUUUGUUGAAAGAACAAGGACUGAUUUUAUUAUUUAGUGAUAACAAAGAGCAAGGGUUCGCUCACGAAAAAACCGAAAAAGAACACGUGGUAAAGUAUAUUAAAAAAGUAGAAAUAAUUGACAUUGCCAAGCCCGAGAAUAGAAUAACCGAGGAAUUUUGA